AUGAGUCUCAAAAGGGCAGCGAGGGUAAUUCUAGUCGGCGCGCCAGGUGUCGGAAAGGGGACGCAGUCAGAACGAUUACUCAAACGAUACACUCAACUCCAGUCCAUAAGUUCGGGUGAUUUGCUUCGCCAGAAUGUCAAGAACAGGACGCCGCUCGGCAUCAAGGUCGAGAGCACCAUGAAGGCCGGCGGCCUUGUCUCGGAUGAUUUAAUUCUGAGGUUAAUUUCGAAUGAGUUUUUCCAGCGAGGCUGGUUGAAGGGUCAGGGCCCACCGCAGGUAAUGACUUUCGCCUCCGCUGCUGGACAGGAGACUCUAGACGAGUCUCCAGCCAAGUCUGUUGUUGAUUCUGUUAUCAACUCGACGUUACAGUCCGGUGCCACGCCCCAAGUAUCCGACAACCCCUCGGCGUCUUUCAUCCUCGACGGCUUCCCGCGCACAGCGGCGCAAGCCGAGAUGCUCGACAAGAUCAUCCCCAUCAACCUCGUCGUCUCCAUAACAACCCCCUUCGACGUCAUCCUGGAACGAAUUACGGGCCGCUGGGUGCACGAGCCCUCCGGUCGAGUCUACAACACGAGCUUUAACGCGCCUCGCGUGGCCGGCAUCGACGAUGUCACGGGUGAGCCUCUCACCCAGCGCCCGGAUGACUCAGAGGAAGUCUACCGUGCCAGAUUCGCCAAGUUUGAGGAGACGAAUAGGCCUCUACUAGAUCACUAUGCCAACAAGGGCUUGCUCUGGGAGGCCAGUGGGCUUAGCAGCGACGAGAUUACCCCCAAGAUCUUCCAGCACUUUGAGAAGAUGUUUGGCAACUAA